AAAACCCUUCGACCCGGUGGAGACUAAUGAGAUCUUCCAGAAAAUCGACGACAAGAAUGCAUGGCUGUACUCUGCUUUUUUCGACUACGUGGCCGAGCAGCAAGGAAGGCCGUCGGUUCGAAUCUUCGGCAUCAUUCAGAGGGAUCAGUUGCAAACUAUUUUUUGCAAUUUUAGUACAGUGGAAGGGAACCUGGUCACAAAAGGGUCGGUCUCCGAGUUUCCUGAUUCGCACAGCGUCAG